AUGAAGAACUACACAGACCUAGAUGUGCAGACCUUUUCCUAUGAUGAUUUACCAAAGCUGUUGAACAAUUUAAGCAGCAGUGAGAAUUAAUUUGAUGUAAUCGAAUUGUCAAGGAAGCAGCAUAGAGCCAGGUAAAAGCUUCUAAAAUACAAUGAAAGACUUCAGAGUAUCUUCGAGUCGUCUCCUCUGCUUAAUUAAAACGUAACAGCUAAUUCAAACCCCUAAGUAUAGCAGGAACUUUAACAAGAGAUACAAAAUCUGCAAGUGCUUGAAGAUAAGAUAAGUAAAUUGCAUAAUGAGAUAGAGACGAUGGAUGAGAUUUAGAAACAAUAGAAGGAGUUGGCUUAAAAGGAGAUAAUGAUACUGAAACCCAUUAGCAAAGUCAACAUUCUUAUCAAUAAAUUAUUCAACAGAAAUAAAGGGCAUAGAGCACCAAUGGAUCAAUAGCAAAGAUAAAAGCUAAUUUACAGAGCCAAGCAGUAGGGUUUAAUAAGAAACAAAGGAGAUGGGAAAACAAUGAAUAGCUACUAUGAUUAAAGUUAGUAAAGGUAAAAUGUAUAUUCAGGAAAGAUGGAUUAGAUGCUAGCCUUGAGUAAGGAGAAGAUAAGUAGCAAGUCUUUCAAUCAUCAGUAGCAAGAUAAUUCCGAUUAGUUGAAAUCAGGGAGAUUUUUAAUUCGCAAAAAUGUUCAACAUUUAUCUCACUCUGGAGGUGAAUCACACAGAAAAGACAACAAGAUAAACUAAGCCUAAGAAGCAAACUCUUCCUCACAAAAGCAUUCUCCAGAAAUCAAUUAACUUAUAGUCACUGCCUCAUAAUCAAGCAAUUCAUUCCUAGAGGAUGAAUCUCCUCCAAAACUAAGUGACAUGAAAUUCUCAGGAAAGAUAAGUGAAAAAAGUUACCAAACAAACAUAGUGAGACAGAGGCAAGAUCCCCUUGCUAAACUGAAGCGUUAGAGUUUCGCACAAAACAAGAUUUAAUCAGGUCCUGUUCAGUUAAUUAAAAAUCCAUAUUCUGCAAAUCACGGUAGCCUAUUGUCUGCAAACAUUCUUCCUAUCAAAGCCAGCUAAAUAGAAUAAAUGUCAAACUUUAAUAUUAGCAACCAAAAUAUAAAUAAGGGGAAAAUUAGCAGAACCAAUUUCAAUCAUAGUAAUGCUAUGGGCGGUAUCACACCUUACAAGUCUUAGGUUCACACUCCACAAGACAAAAAAACUGCUAAGUAGUUCUUUUAAACUCCAGUAGUAUUGUAAAAUCAAGGAUACUAUCAGCAGAAUACAUAGAACAGUAUUGGAAGUAAAUUAGAUUAGCUACGCACAAUGAAGACUGUAUUUUCAGUAGAGAGCUAGCCUAAUAAUGAAAAUAGCACUCCUUUAAAUGGGGGUGGCAUCCGUUCUGGCAUGAAUGUUAACAUAACAACUGAGCAUUUAUCAAACAAGCCAGGGGACAUGACUAGCAUCAAUAAUUUAAAUUAGUAGUAGGUGUCUGAUAAAACUUUAGAGCUAUUAGAUUUACUUCAUCAGUAAAGCUCAGUUGGUCAUAACUAGAGUUAAGGCAAAAUUGGCUAAUAAACAAAAGAGAUACAUUCAGGAUUGAUAAAGCCUAGCUCAAAUUAUUUUAACUAAUAUCUUUCUAGACAUCAGUAAACAAUGAUUAAUUCAGUAAUUCCGGAGUCAAAGGAAAACUUAGAACAGUCAACCACGAACUCACAAAUUUUAUAACUUGACUCGGCCAAGAAAAGAAAUGUACUUUAGCAAUAACAUAGUAGCCUAAGUGGUUAACUGCCACCUAGAUCUGAUGAUAAAUUGUAAAGACUCGAACGAGUCAAGAAGCUAAUGGAGUUUGCGUAGAGAUAAGCAAACGAACAUUAAAAUAAUCUAGAAGUCAUAAAUGAAAAUGCUUCAUCUGAAAGUGGUGGGAAAAAUCAGCAGCUAAUCAAUCCAUUAUAGAUUAGCAGCAGACAAACGACAAAAGUAAAAACACAAGGAAUUCUAAGCAGUGUUAAAAAUGUCUAGAUAUUAUCACCUUAAUCUUUCUAGGGAAAGAAAAAUUCAGCUGGAUUGAUUAAGCUAUAAAAAAUGGAGCCAGAAGAGUCUGAUCAUAACUAAAAUUAAAGUAAUUCAAGAAGAAGUAACUAAAGCAAAAGCGGUGCUUAAAGAAACAAUGGUUUCCCAAAUUAAACCAGUGUUUCAAUUUAAGAUUAAAAGAACCCUUCAAAUUAGCUUCAAGUGAACAAUACAAUUAUGUCAUCUAAGAAACCAUCUCACAAUCAUUAGCUUUCUCUCUCUAGAAUUCAAAACCAAAAUAAUUAUUAAACUUUGCAGCUAUCUUCUAGAAUGAUGCCUAGUUCUAUCGGAAAUAUCCCCAUUAGUGAUUCUUCAAUGAAUCUUACGCAUACUAUAAGCAAUACAAACCCUGGGCGUUCAACUUAAAAUAGGAAUCAUUAACAAUCUAUGUCAUCAAAAGUCAAUAAUACAAAUUCAUAGAACACGAAUAGGACCAAAUUAUAAGAAUAAAAAGCGCUUAAUGUAGAUACAAGACUUGCAUAAAACAUAACUAAAAAUGAGUUAAGUAGCUUAAGAUUGUAUUGA